AUGAUCGUUCUUUUGCAAGCAAUAUUAAUGAUUUCUAGUGCAGUACUAUGUCAGGAAUUUUUAGAUUCCCCUCCUAUCGAUUACACCAUCGGAGACGGUUUCGAAGACUGCGAGCAUCGGUUUCCAUUCAAAAUAAUUGGGUACGGAUUUCCUGAUAUUAUAACAGGAGGAGAGCGAGCUUUUCAGGGAGAGUUUCAACAUAUGACCGCCAUUGGAUGGACCAGAUCCGACGGGAGAAUUGAUUAUCUUUGUGGAGGUGCUUUGAUAACUUUGAGAUUCAUCUUGACCGCGGCUCAUUGUGCUGUAGAUGAGAAGGACAUUCCACCAGACACCACACGAUUGGGGGACACCGAUCUUGGCAGCACUGAGGACGAUGCAUCUGCUCAGCAAGUGGCAAUUGCACAGUUCAUAAAACAUCCGCAGUAUCACUAUUCGAAAAGGUAUUACGAUAUCGCGCUAAUUGAACUUGAAAAGAACGUCGUACCAAACGAGCCGGUACAUGUCGCGUGUGUAUGGCGGGAAUCGGAAGCACCUAUUGAUUUGCUGGAGGCAGUGGGUUUUGGUGAGCUUGGAUUUGGGGAGAUGUUAAGUCCCACCUUGCAGAAGGUUCAACUUCGAGCACUGGACACGGCGACAUGUGCAGAACGUAUCCCAAUGAAUCGUCGUCUAAUGCCUGAAGGGUUACUAGCAGAUCAGUUUUGCGCCCACAGUGAAACAAUGGACACUUGUAAAGGCGAUUCAGGAGGUCCACUUCAAACGGAGUUGUAUGAUGUGUUUGGCAAUGCAUAUCCGCUUGUGGUUGGUGUUGUGUCAUUCGGAACUCCUUGUACAUCAGGAUCAACGGGAGUGUACACAAGGGUCAGCUCGUACUUGGAUUGGAUCGAGAAGGAAGUCAAUCAGUCUCUUAGUUAUGAAGCUUGUACUUCUCGCGGGACUUAUCGCAAGAAGAAUCCCGCAUUCUUUGCUGCUGUUAAGCCAAAAUUGCCCGUCAAUCGCGUUGCAUUGCUACGGGGAGAAAAAGAAACAGACAUCUCACAUCAGUGUGGUGGAGUUUUGAUCGAUUACCAGUAUGUCCUCACAUCAGCAGACUGUGUCACAUCCAGCAUGGGUCCUCCGAGAUUCGUAGCAUCAGAUCAAGAUGCAGACCGUGUCCUUGUCGAGGAAGUAUUCGUGCAUCCUCGAUACAUCAAUGAAAAACCUUAUUUUGAUAUAGCUGUUGUAAAACUACUGAAAUACGCUAAUCCGGAAAAAUGCCUACCAGUUUGUCCAUGGAAUGAGCAGUUAUUUGGUGAUUGGACACAACGGAAGCUUCAGUUUGGAAUAACUGUUCCGCUGCUUAAAGGUUCUGGAAAUUCCAAAACCUUAGUUCCAUCAUAUGUAGAUACUGUUCUAAUGGAUAGCACUGAGCGAUGUAUCGCUGGCGAAGCUGUUGACGAAAACGAUCUAAUCUGCAUCAGUCGUAAUGUGGCGAUGAUACCAGGAUUGUGUCAGGUUGAUUAUGGAGGACCCGUUACCACUGACGUUCAUUUGGAUAACUGGCAUGAUUUGAAAGUUCUUGGCAUAUUGUCUCGAGUCACGCAGGGAUGUGGCAGUAAUGCUAUCUUCACUAGUGUAGCACAUCACAUAAAAUGGAUAGAGUCGAUAAUUUUUGAAAACUCGCCGAAGACAGAUGUUUAA